AUGGAGAAAGUGCAGGAGACCAUAGAGCAAAUAAACAGAGCCACUUUGAAGACUACAAAAGAUGCCCUUCGGCCAUUGUACGAUAUUAUCUCGUCUGUAAGCACAGAGGAAUUGAUUAGCGAAUUAGAUGCCCAUUCCUCUGGCCCUUCAAGAUAUCUUUUGCUGCUGUUUGUGAGCAUGUCAUACAUCUACAAAGAAGAGUAUGAGCAAGCUCUGGAUACUUCAAUGAAUAGCAUAGCAGAAAUCACAAAAGAAAGCAGCAGGAUACUAGAUAGCGUGCUAGCAGGCCUGUGGACUGCAGCCAGAAUAUCCUCAACGCACCUAAGAAGAGACAUUCUUUCAGAGUACUUGCUUGGACUGGCAGCUGCCCGGGAGUACCAGAAUGUGGAGACAAUCACAGUAAUUAUAAAUAAUAUUCUGAUGGAUUUGCAGAAGAAGCAGCUGUACGAUGAGGCGCACACCUUCCUUACAGGAAUAAGCCUGCCCGAUGAGGCAGAUGUAGGACAGUCUUCAGUGUUCUACUAUCUGGCAAGCAUAGUCUAUCUGAUGGCAGAAGACUACAGUGCCUCAGAGCAGGCAAUCAACAAGGCAAUUGUAAAGAGCACAGACUCUGUAUUUACAGACGAGUGCCGAAAGGCCUAUGUUGUGGCAUGUCUGCACCAGGGAAAGCACCCAAGCAGAGACUUCUUUGUGGAAAACCCAAAGCUAAAGGCGUAUCUGCAGAUUCUUCUGGCAAUAAAGUCGUGCUCUUUGGAGAAGUUCCACGAGGCUGUGGCAGAGGAGGAGCAGACUCUGAGGAGGGAUGGCUUAUACCACGCUGUGCUGCGCCUGGAGACGGCUGUCCAAAAGGAGCAGGUGCGCCGAAUUGGCGUGGUCUACACGAAGAUUCUUCUUAGCUCAGUUGGAGAGAUGCUUGGUGUCUCUGAGGAGAGUGCUGCAUUUCUGCUGCAAAACUCAAUUGAAGAGGGCGCCAUUGCAGGAUAUAUUGAUACAGAUAUGAAGGAGUACGUGGGCAUGGAGAGAAGAGAUGAGAGAAAUAACACGCUAAAGAUUGAGGACAUGCUGAGCGUAGCAAAUAGUCUGGCAAUGAUAAAGAAGCAUGAGCCAGUGAAGAAGAAAACAUUGGAAGAGCUGCAGGCUGACAUGACAUAUAAUGAAUAUAGAAUAUAG